UGGCUCGUUCUGCAGCGCAGCUGUCAGUCAGCAGAAGAAUGAGGAAACAUAAAGUGAGCUCCUCCUCCCGCUGGUGUGUCUGAGGUCGAUCAUUUAAAGGACUUGGAUGAAGGAAGAGGAUCCAACAUGUCAUGACUGACCUCGGAUCUACACUUCAGACCUGGUUUUAGUGAGUCUCUCUCCCGCAGGUCCGGCAUGGAUCCCCGCUGUCAGGACUGGAUGUCGGGUCUCCCGGAGGAGCUGUGGGACGUUCCCCUGACUAACCUGGCCAUACCCGGGAGCCAUGACACCAUGAGCUACUGUCUGGACAUCAACUCCCCGUUGAUCCCGUCUGAACCGGACACCUUCAGGCUCCUGGACGGACUUUUCUACUGUUUCACCAGACCUGCCAUCUUUAAAUGGGCCACAACACAGGACAAAAGCAUCGAGGAGCAGCUUUCGAUGGGGAUUCGAUACUUCGAUCUGCGUAUCGCUCACAAACCCAACGACUCAUCCAGAGACCUGUACUUCACACACGUCAUAUACACACAUUUAACCGUUUUGGAAACACUGUCGUCUGUGGCCGUCUGGCUGACGUCUCACCCAAAGGAGGUCGUUAUUCUGGCUUGCAGCCAUUUUGAGGGAAUCGACGACAGACUCCAUCAGUCGUUCAUUUUCUCUCUGAAGAAGCUUUUCGGAUCAAGACUCUGCCCCCAGAAGGAAGCAGUCCUGACCCUGCGGAGCCUGUGGACGUCUGGUUACCAGGUCGUCCUGUCCUACGACUCCCAGUUUGCAGCGAGACAUGCAGAGCUGUGGCCCCCCAUCCCUUACUGGUGGGCCAACCAGCGCACAGCGCAGGGAGUCACCAGCUACCUGGACUGGAACAAAGACCUGGGACGUCCAGAGGGCUUCUUCGUCUCCGGCCUGAACCUCACAGCUGACAGGUUUUACAUCGCCGAGCACCCCAAGCAGUCUCUGCGGACGCUGACCUUCAGUAACUGGGAGGGUUUGAGGACGUGGCUGGAGGAGCAGGAACCAGGAUCAGACCCCAAGAGCCUCAACAUCAUCGCAGGAGACUUUGUGGGUCCACUUCCUCUCUGCUCUCUGGUCAUCGCACUGAACCAGAAACUACUGCGGAAGAAGGCCGUCAAAUGUUAGACUACAAAGAGACAGAAGAUGAGCAGAAACUGACACAAUAGAAAAUAACCAACAUGACACAAAGAUGACUGGAGAGAUGCACUAUGACCAAAAGACCACACAAAGACCGAAUACUGCUACAAAGAGAUGCAAUAUGACCAAAAUGACACACUGGACCAGAAACGGAAGAACGCCGUCAAAUGUUAAAAAAACAUUUUAUUCCACAGGAGCUGAAACCAAAUGACCUUCUGAAUACACGAUGUCCUCGUCUCAGUUCUUGUGUCCGUUCAGAAGCGUCUACAUGACGAGUUCUAACAUUCAGUUUUUAUUCCACCUGAAAACAUUGUGUGUGUUGUGACUCUACAGCUCUGAUGUGCAAUAUGUUGACAAGAAUGUACAUCAUUCUUUAAUAAAAUUAUACUGUCAAAUAUUUUAUUUUAUUAUCCAAUACACAGUCUAUAUGUCUGUGGUUCAGUUUGCAGUAAUGAGUUUCCAGAGUACCAUAAUAUCUACACAGAGAGGUGUUGUCCACUAAUAGAUCAGUUGAUUUAAUUAACAAAGAAUGACAGAAAAAGAAAAGUAAACAUUUAUUUCUUGGAAAUAAAUUAUUCAGCAUGAAAAAAAAGCAUAAAGAACGACUAAUCUGAGCCGUCUAAUCGUCUAAGAGACGGCAGCCUUAUCAGGAUGCUAACAUUUAGCUAGCUCUGGCUAACGCUACACUCUCGGUUCUUUCUCGUCUCCGUGGAGAGCUGCACAUGCUCAGUAGGGACCAGGGAGCCAGUGACACGUGUUGUUGUUCCUGUGUGGCAUAAAUGAGCCGAUAAAUCAUUGGAAGGCUGCAGCAGGACGGAUCCCUCUCUUCUCCGUCAUCUCCCCGUGAACAUUUUCCUGUAGCGUCCGUGAGCGGCGGCGCCGAUGAUGACCUUGACGACGGCCGAGCCUUCAUCCGCGUUCACCUGCACGUCCUGAACGGCGGCCUCCUUGUACAGCCAACUGUGGACGGAGACGCACGUUAGCCAUCUUAUUUAAAAAAAAAAAAAAAAAAAAAAACGAAACGCAGCAGCGAGGACGGCCGUCACCUUAACUGAGGAGAGCUGAGGUCAACGCUGAGCUCUAACACGCGUUUCCCCGUCGACUUCACGAUCUCUUCCUCCACUGCCGUCCUCAGGCGGUCCAGACCUCGCUGCUCCAGGGCUGAGAUGGGCAGAGCGUCCGGCUCAGACAGCUGAUAGCUGAGACAGAAAACUCUCAGUUCACACAGAGAGGCUGUAUACGUACGGUAUAUUAGGACAAUU